AUGGUCGUCGCUGGUGUGGACACAGAAACUAUCGAGAUUUUGGAGAAAGAACUAAACAAAACUGCAGCAGCAAAAGCCGCAGCGAUGACCAGCGGAUUUGCACCAGAAUAUGCAUUGCAAGGUCGACUAACAUUCAAGGUUGAUGUCUAUAGCUAUGGAGUACUUCUUUUGGAGAUCAUCUCUUAUAACAAUCUCACGCUUCCAACUGACAAACAGCUGCUGCUGCAGAAACUAAAGAGGGAUUCUUCCGAGAGCUUAGAAGCAGAGUUCUCGAGGGUGAUACAAGUGGCACUCGUGUGCAUGAAUGCUGAUGAAAAACUGAGGCCAGGUUUGAGCGACGUGCCCACUGAUAUCAUCGAUCGAUCGAUCGACCCAGCCUGCAUGUUUGAUAAGCCGAUGGAUCGAUUGAUCGACUUGUUUCCAAAUUUUUACUUUUCGUUGGAAUCGGUGAGGAGGGAGAAGAAGAAGACUCGGGCUCCGAUUCGUCCGUUUCAAAUGUUUUUUGUGCUUGACGACCCUAAUGCAGCCCAGAGAAAUGGAAUUUUGGCUCAGAAGCUCUUGCAGUAG